AUGACGAGUAUCACCAAGCUCUCUUCCUCCAACUACAUCACUUGGAGUAUCCAAGUUCGUGCCUUACUUGAAGGUUACCGUCUUGAAGGUUUCAUCAUUGAUGAUGGCUUUCCUGCUGUCAUGCUUUCCUCUAACGGUACUACCUGUGCUAACCCAGCUUUUGCUCCAUUUAGACAGCAAGAUCGGCUUCUCUUUAGUGCUCUGCUUGGUGCAAUCUCUGUCCCAUUACAACUGCUCGUGGCUCGAUUUGUUUCGGUUCGUGAGGCAUGGAAAAUCCUUGCAAAUACGUAUGGUAAGGCCUCUCGUGGGCAUCUUCUACAGUUACGGGAUUGUACCAAGGGUACGCAGUCCGUCGAUGAGUAUCUCCGCUUCAUCACAGCCAAGUCGGACGAACUCUCUCUUCUCGGGAAACCUCUUGACCAUGAGGAUAUUCUUGAUGCUGUUCUUGAGGGAUUACCGGAAGAUUAUAAGCCCAUUCUGGAUAUGGUGCAAGCCAAGGAUGUCACCAUUUCUCUAGAGGAGCUCCAUGAGAAACUUCUCAACCAUGAGGCCAAGCUUGCUGUUGCAUCUCCUCUCUCCUCGCCGUCAUUGCCUGUGAUGGCAAAUCCUGUCGCUGCCCGCUCUCGUCAUCCCUCUCGGGGUCAUACCAAUCAUCGAGGUCGACCCUGGGAUCGUUCUUCGUCUGGCUCCUCUCGUGGUUAUCAAGGAAAGUGCCAAGCUUUUGGAAUCUUCGGGCACAGUGCACAGCGCUGUCCAGAGUUUCGUCUUGUCACUGGGUCUCCUUCUGAUAUGUCGGGCUCGGUCUCUCCUCGUCCUUGGCAGCCGAGAGCUCACAUGGUUGUUGCACCGUCUUUUGAUCCGAAUCCGUGGUUGGUUGAUAGUGGUGCCUCACACCAUAUUACUUCGGAGCUUGACAACCUAGCUAUUCAUAGCCCUUACCAUGGCAAUGACGAUGUGGUUCUUGGUGAUGGUUCGGGUCUCUCCAUCACUCACAAGGGUUUUACAUCUCUUCCCUCUCGCACUCGCCCUUUAUCUCUUGAUAAUGUGAAGGAUCUAAACACGGGGGUGCUCCUUCUCCAAGGACAAUCUAAGGACGGCGUCUAUGAGUGGCCGGCGAAUCCUAUACCUUUGUCGUCUCCUCUUGCCUUUAACCUUGUCCGUUUGGCAUUUACGUUUAGGUCAUCCGGCUUUGCCGAUUCUUCGUCGUAUUUUAUUUCCGUGGAUGGUUUCAAAUACUAUGUGAUUUUUGUUGAUCAUUUCACGCGUUACUCUUGGCUUUACCCUCUCAAACGGAAAUCUGAUGUUCACGACACCUUUAUUCGCUUCAAAGCUCUUGUUGAGAACAAGUUCUCCUCCAAAAUUUCUAUGUUUUACUCGGACAAUGGUGGUGAGUUUUUAGCUCUAUCCUCCUUUUUAGCAUCCCAUGGUAUUUCUCAUCAUACUACUACACCGCCACAUACUCCGGAGCACAAUGGAAUAUCCGAGAGAAAACAUCGACAUAUUGUCGAGACCGGUCUCUCCCUUCUCCACCGAGCCUCCAUUCCAUUGUGUUAUUGGUCCUAUGCCCUAACCACAGCCACAUACCUCAUUAACCGCUUACCAUCCUCGGUUCUAGGUAUGUCAUCGCCAUUUGAAAUUCUUUUUCACUCGUCUCCAAACUACUCAAAGUUACGAGUAUUCGGUUGUCUUUGUUAUCCUUGGUUGAGACCGUAUGCACCUCAUAAACUUGCUCCUAAGUCGACUCCGUGUGUUUUUCUUGGUUACUCCCUCUCUCAAAGUGCCUAUUUUUGUCUUGACCUCUCUUCUUCUCGGUUAUUCGUCUCUCGUCAUGUCGUUUUCCACGAGUCUAGCUUUCCAUUUGCUAAUCGUGGUCUUUUGUCUGCCUCCUCUUCUUCCUCCGAGUCGUUUGAACCCUUCCGUCCUUCUUUUAUGCCAUCCGCUUCACGUGUUACUCCCUAUUCACCGCCGGUCUCCACUGCCUCUUUUGGUGAGCCUCCGUGUCAUGCUCCUUCGCCCUUGGAAGCUGAGGAUGUUUCUCUGUUGCCGAUGGCUGAUACCGAAUGUGAUCGUUUGCCUAAUUCCUUGCCGACUGUCGAGGAAGAGCCAGCUGCCUUGGUUCCGUCUCCGACACGCAAUCGACAUCCUAUGACUACGAGGGGUAAGAACAACAUUGUGAAACCGGUUCAGAAGUUGACCUUAGCUGCCUCUAUUGUGAACUCUCUCAGGGAACCGACCUGUGUAUCUCAAGCUCUGAAGGAUCCUCGUUGGAGACAGGCUAUGUGUGAUGAAUUUGAUGCCUUGGUUCGUAAUGGCACUUGA